CAUUAAUUGCGUCGGUGUUAAGGCCUACCUCUUUGCUUUCCCUGCUCAUCUUGUGUUUGAUAAAAGGCCUCAAAGAGACUAAAUCAUCGGAAUCCUUUGCAUUGGCUGUGAUUUUGAUUGCUGGCCUGUGCAUCUACUCUGCUUUACGUGGAUGUCUGUGAAAAUUUUCUUCUGUGCUCUCCUUUUGAGACUUGGGCUUUCGGCAAGUGAUGAUUUUGCAUACAAUGGAUUCAAGGGUGUGAGCCUCAGCCUGGAUGGUUCAGCAGGAAUUACAUCGGAUGGUCUCCUGAUGCUGACCAAUGUUACGAGGCAUGCCAUGGGCCAUGCUUUCUUUCCUUCUCCACUGAGGUUCAAAAACUCUCAGGCUGAUAAUGUUCUCUCUUUCUCUACCACAUUUGUCUUUGCCAUUUUCCCUGAGCACAAAAUGCUUGGUAACGGUGGGUUUACUUUUGUUCUCUCACCUUCAAAAGACUUGACAAAAGCUUCUGCAGAUUAUUUUCUUGGCAUUGUGAACAUAACGAACAAUGGAAAUGCAUCCAAUCAUAUCUUGGCUGUUGAGUUUGACACAGGGCAAAGCACUGAGACAGAAGACAUUUAUGACAACCAUGUUGGCAUUGACAUCAAUAGUGUUAUAUCUAAUUACUCAAAACCUGCCGGUUUCAUAUCAGAUGAUGAUGGUAAAUCUCAGAACCUAAUCCUUUUGAGUGGCGAGCCAAUGCAAGUCUGGAUAGAAUAUAAUGGUACAAACAUGCAGUUCAAUGUAACUUUAGCUCCCCUCUGGAAGCCUAAACCCAAGAUUGCUCUCCUAUCGUCUACCAUAAAUCUAUCUAGCAUUAUUUUGGACCGUAUGUAUGUUGGUUUCUCUGGUUCAGUGGGAACUCUUUAUUUGUACCAUUAUAUUCUUGGUUGGAGCUUUAAUAUGGAAGGUAAAGCUUCUGCGCUUAACCUAUCAAGUCUCCCACCACUGCCUCAAAAUUUGACAUCAUCAGAGAAGAAACGGAAGACUCUAGUGCUAUGGCUUCCCUUGACUAUUUUUCUUGUUCUAUUGACCAUUGCGGGUGCCACACUUACAAUGGUAAGGAAGAAAAAGUUUUCAGAGUUACAUGAUGACUGGGAGCUAGAAUUUGAGGCCAACAGAUUCCCUUACGAGCAACUAUACAAGGCAACAAGAGGUUUCAAGGAUAAGUAUCUUCUUGGAAUUGGAGGUUCUGGUAGGGUAUAUAGAGGAGUUUUACCAGGUUCUAAAUUGGAAGUGGCAGUUAAGAGAGUCUCCCAUGAGUCCAAGCAAGGAGUAAGGGAGUUUGUGGCAGAAAUUGUGAGCCUGGGUAAGCUCCGGCAUCGAAACUUGGUUCAGCUCUUGGGGUACUGUAGGCGCAAAGGAGAGCUUCUUUUAGUGUAUGAGUACAUGCCAAACGGGAGCCUUGAUAAAUUUCUAUUCAGUGAAACCAAACAAAGUCUUGAUUGGAGUUUGAGGUUUAGGAUAAUCAAAGGUGUGGCAUCUGGUCUCCGGUAUUUACAUGAUGGUUGGGAUCAAGUUGUGAUUCAUAGAGACAUUAAGGCCAGCAAUGUGUUGCUUGAUGGUUAUAUGAAUGGGAGGCUUGGUGAUUUUGGACUUGCAAGGUUAUAUGAUCGUGGUGCUGCUGCUCGGACUACCAAUGUUGUAGGAAGUCCUGGUUUUCUGGCACCUGAGCUUGCUAGAACUUGCAAGGUCACAAUGAGCAGUGAUGUGUUUGCCUUUGGGGCUUUUCUGCUGGAGGUUGCUUGUGGGAGGAGGGCCAUAGAACCAGAUAAACAAGAGUCGGAACAGGUUUUGGUCGACUGGGUGUUUGCAAAUUGGAAAAUGGGAACCAUAUAUAAGACAAAGGACCCAAGAUUGGGAAAUGAUUACGUGUUGGAGGAGUUAGAUUUGGUUUUGAAACUUGGAUUGCUUUGUUCACAUCCUUCGCCUUCAGCAAGGCCAAGUAUGAGGCAAAUUACACGGUUCCUAAACGGAGAUGUGCCUCCCCCGGAGAUGCUUCCUUAUCAAUGUCAUGCCAGUGGUAGUUUUUGAUUCAGAAAUGAAUACAACUGAAGGAAUUGAAGUUUAUAGCUUUAUAGCCAUGUGGUGAACUGAAGUCUUGUAUUUGAAGUACUUUUGGGUGAAGCAGCAUUUUUGUGUUUAUUCCUAUAUAUUUGCAAUUCAUUUGUGACCACUCUCAUAAGAAAAUUUUAGUUCCUUUCAAGUGCCACUGGUCUGAAACUGUCACUUUUUGUCCAUUGUUGAUAUAUAUUUAUUUUCCUUUUCAAACUUCUCUUUCGUCCACUGUUUUAUAACUAAUUGACAUCUGAGACCCCUCAUGAAAGGAACCUGAAGCAUCAUUCAGUUUUUGCACUUGUGUAGUCAGCCCAUAUUGUCUCCGGAAGUAUAUAAUUAGCUGAUUUUUAGUGUUCAGAUUCAUCCAUUCAAUCUUACUGAAAAUCUACUGCAUGCUGCUUCAUCUCUCUCAGAUAACUAGCAAAAGCUUUCUUCAAUAUACAUUUUUCUUUGUUUGUAUAGAAAAUAUGUAGCUUCAUUUUUAUUGUAUC